GUUGGAAGUAUAUUUCUUUAUUUAUAAACCUUUUCUAAACAUCGACAGGUUAAAAUCUUUAUCGUUUCUCUUAUUUCGAUAAACUAUCGAUUAUUUUAAUAAUUAUUUUUCACAUCCCUACUUCACUUCAAACAACAAACAAGUCAACAAUACACUUUUGCUUGCAAAUUAACAAUUGUUUUCGUUUCGUUAUUAUUGUUUACGCAUAUCGAUCACAAAGUGCCCAUAUGAAGAAUAAACGUAAUUUCACUUGGAGCUGGCUGCUAUCGUCAAAUUUUAAUUUCUAAGAAUGUUAAAGUUCUGGAAAAGCUCAGCUAAAGGUAAAACGGGUUGUCCCGUAAGACCUCCAGAACCUGGUGCUAGUUCAAGUUUAACAGAAAAUAAAACUUUCUUGGAUACGCAACUAGAAGAUGUUGAAGACGAGGUGCACAUAUUUGAGAAAAAGUCUAAAUUAUGUUUAAGUUUACAUGAUAUACUCCUUGAAAGAAAAUCUGUGAAAUACUUUGGUCAGUUUAUGGAAUCUAUAGAUAAAUAUUUGCUUGUCAAAUGUUGGCUAGAGCUGGAAAAUUUUAAAACAUUAUUAAUCAAUACAAAUAAUAAGGAUAAAUUUGACAGCCAUGUUAAGAUCAGUCGAACGAAAAGUUAUGAUUUCCAGUGUAAAUGUGUCCAUAUGGAUGACAAGGAUAUGUGUGAAAAAUAUUUUUCUCAAGAUAUUUCUAAUAAUAUAAGAUACAAAUUGAGUAGUUCAUCAAAUUCAUGCAUGAAUCUAGUUGAACAAGCUAAUUCAAUGUUUGGUAAAUGUAGUGAAAAUUGUGUGCAAAGCAAAUCCAGUAUAACAGAAUUGGCUAUCAACUUAUUCAAGAAUUAUGUGGCAUUGGAAGCACCUUUUACAUUAGACCUGCCUGAUACCUACAGAAAAUCGGUAAUAUCUAAUAUAUGCCAUCCUGAAGGAACCAUAAAAGAAGAUUGUUUCAAACCAGUGCAGGAUAUUGUUUUCAAUCAGAUUGAAAAUAAUUAUUUUAAGGAUUUUGUUAAUAGUCCAUUUUAUAUCAAAGCACAAAUUGAUAUCUUGACCAGCGGCUCUCUUAAUUUGAAAGACAUUCUUUAUAAUGAUACAUUAUUGUUCUAUUUCACUGAAUUUAUAGAACAAGAGUCAUGUAGACAUUUACUUGAAUUCUUAAUGGCUGUCAUGCAUUUUAGAAAUAAUUUGACAAAUGGCAAUCCUUGUACGUCUAACCAAGCACAAGCAGAUGCUAUCAUUCUUUAUGAUAAAUAUUUUUCACUUCAAGCUACAAGCCCUAUUGGGUUUCCGCAAUAUAUUAGAUUAAAAAUUGAAAGUGACAUUUGUAUAGACAAUGGUCCUCAUCACACAUGUUUUGAUUUACCAUACAGAAUAGUGUUUAAAACACUUUCAAGGUAUGUAAAAAGAUUUUUAGAUUCAGAGUUAUAUUACAAAUAUCUUUCAGAAAUGAUACAUUCUGUGGACCAAACAUGGUCAGCUAAUAAUAGAACUCAGUCUGAUUGUAGCAGUGAAUUCAGUAUAAGCACCCAAAACACAUUAUUGGCUAUGGGUGACCCAGUGUUCCGUAAAAAGAAACGAAACCUUUCUGUACCUGACAUGACAAUAGAUUCCAAUCAGCUUUACAAUGCUGAUGCUUUAUGGCAAAGAAAAAAGAAUGAUGGUUUGACUCUUGGAAGAGUCAACAGUUUAGGUAGAUUUGAAUCUAAGUUUGAACCUGAUCCUGAUAAGAGUAAUAAGUCUGUUUUAAAGAAGAUGGUAAGCAAAUUUGUGCCAACAGUUACAUCAAAAGUAGAAGAAGAGAUGGCUUGGCAAAUAGCCCACAUGAUUGUUAAAGAUGUAACAGACUUGACUAUGGCCCCACCGGAAACUGAACAAGAAGAUGUUUAAGUAUGAUAGUCUAUUGAUAUAAAAGAUCUGAUGUAUAUACUUAUAAAUAAAAUGUAAAUGUUUCAGUAUUAUAUAUUUUUACUAACCAUUAUAUUAUUAUCAUAUCGUGUUUAAGUAAUAUAACACAAUACUGUGAUAUUGUUUGCUUAUCUUAUCAUUGAAAUAAGUGGAAAUAAUAAUAUAUUUUCAUAUGAUGGGGAAAUUAAAACAACAAUUUGUUUGUAUAAAAUAA